AUGUCUGCUGAGAUUCGCUCAAGGGGUGAUAUUGUGUUAAAUAUUGCUUCAAGUGGUAUUGCAUCUUUACUUCUUCCCAAUGGAAGAAUGGCACACUCAAGGUUCAAAAUACCGCUGAAUAUAACUAAAGAUUUUGUAUGUAACAUCAAACCUGGUUCUCCUCAAGUAAUGCUGCUGUUGAAAGCCAAACUUAUAAUUUGGGAUGAGACUCCAAUGAUUAUUAGGUACUGCUAUAAAGCGCUUGAUAAAAGCUUAGGUGAUAUCAUGAGGUUUUCUCCAACAUAUAACAAAGAUUUUCCCUUUGGAGGAAAAGUGGUUGUACUAGGUGAAGACUUAAACAAAUUCUUUCUAUUAUUUCACGAGGAUCGGGACAAAUUAAUCUUACCUUUGAAAGUUUUGUCAGAUGGUGAAUCUGAGAUAUGUCUUCCAGGAGAUAUUGUUAUUCCUUCUUCGGACCAAGCAUUUGAUAAGUUGGUUCAUUUUUCUUAUCCAAAUAUUUUGGAUAACAUGUCCUCAAAGGGUUUUUUCAAAGCAAGAACUAUAUUGGCUCCCAUGCUGGACAUCGUUGAAGAUGUUAACAACCAUCUGAUGGCUAUCAUUCCUAGAGAAAAAAAUUAUAUCUUAGUUCGGAUUCGAUUUGUAUGGAUGAAGAAAAUAUGGAGAGUCAACUAG